AUGGAGAGAGGGAAGGUGGGCAGGAUACGAGCCGUCGCGGCCGCUGACAAUAAAGGACCGUGCCGGGCACGGGGAGCUGGCGGGGUUGGACCAAGUUGCAAGUUGGAGUGCCCGCCCCCUUGCGCAGAAGAGGCGGUUCUAUUGGUUCUAGGAGCUGUCACUCAGCUGAGAGGCGGGGGGGCGGAGGUGUGCAGGCGCGCGCGGGGCGGGGUGCGCUGCGCUCCGCUCCCUCGCUGGCCGUGCAGCGGCGGGCAGCCUGCGCUCCGAUCGGGUGCCGCCGCCGCGCUCUUGUGCCCCUCCCAGCUCGCCUCUGCGGCGGGGAGAGAGGGGCAGGACUUCUUUCCGUACGAAGGCGGCGGCAGGGCGCGGGCGGCAGUCGCGGGAGUAGUUUGGGGAAGAGGUGAAGAAGGUGCUGGAACUGCGCCGUGCCUCUGCCCCGCUGGAGGGGCGGGGAGAAGCCAGCCUGACGGGUCUUCGGUCAGCUGUGUCUGGCUGGUGGGACUCUUCUUCCCACAUUACUCCCACUAUAGUCAGCCAUCGCCCUACCUGUCCUCCGUCAGGAGGACUUACAAGAGACUAAGCUUGCUCCUUCUGCCAUGGUGUAGGACAACCAGGAGAAGAAAAGAACUCGCUGGUAUGCAUGGUCUGCCUAGAGGAAAAAUGGCUUUUUUCUUACAUGAGGGGGAAGCUGAGGAAGCACAAGAGAAGGCAUGGCUUAUUCAACCAAGGAUUACAUUGUUGUGUAAUUUUACUCAAGAAACAGCCUGGCUAUUAGGAGACACUGGUAUGGAUGCACUUUGGAAUUUUAUAAACUUCAUGAAAGGAAAAUCAGGGCAACACAAAGCUAUUUUUUCCUGCUUAGAAGCUGGAAGUAAGGUGAAUUUAUCAGCCUCAGUGGUGUCCCCGUUGAACGACAGCAUCCCACAAGGAGAAAAGGCAAACAAGUAAUCCAGCACAGCAUGGUAUGGCUAAAAUUAUCUCUGUCUUGUUUUGUGCACCUGGAAGAACAAACUUUUUGGUACAAGGUAGAUGUAACUCAGUCUUCAUGCUGACUCACACUUGGCAAUUAACUGAGGAAAAACUGAAAAAUAUCAUGAAUUAUUUAUUAAUAAUUGGGACUCUGUAUGUGUGUGUGCAAAUAGACAGCUGCAGCUCAAUGGGACUGAGAAACCUGGUGGACUGCAGUGAGUACUUCACUGGCUAGGUCACCAAUCCCUCUUUUCUUCUCUUUCUUUUUCCACUCGUCAAUAUACUCAUCAUAUAGCAUCUUUAUCCAUAUUCAAGUGAUCAGAUAUAAUUUAAUCCUCACAGUCCCUUCCUGCCCAUCUACAAAAGAAUUUGUUCCAUUGCAGUGCAAAGUUACAGUGUUUAUUACAUCUCUGUCUAAGAUGAAUCCCAAAGCAAGCAUUUUAUCCUCACUCAUAUAAUCAUCAUAAGGUAGAAAAUGAAAUUUCCAAAAUCAAAAAACUGUAGGAGAGCUUCAGGGAAAUGCAUGUCAGUUUUUACUUUGAUGUACGCUAUGUUUAAAAAAAACAUCUGUGAAGGGGAGGUGGUGAGGAGAAGAGAAAGAUACACUGAGUAUCUUCCAGGAGAUUUCCUCUCUAUUACUUAAUUCUUUGUAUUGGAGAAGGAAGGAAAUAAUCUCUUCUUGCUGCCUGGAGUGAGAGUGAAAGUAUUCUGAAGAGACAUUUUAAGAACUUCAUUUAGUACCAUGGAUGGUUUCACAUUCCCACUUGCAUCUUAAUAAAAGUAAACAUCACCUCAAGGUUUGCAGUGAGCGUAUAAUGAUUUUUAAAACUUUGGUGGGAUUGGCAGAUAAAUACUUUGUAUUCUGAGAUGAUUUAGAAAAGAGCUUUAUCUCAGACUAGUGAACUUUAUCACCUGGUCCAGAAGUAAGGAAGGAGCUGGGAUUUAUUGUGUGUUUAUCCAGGUGCUGAGUGUUACUUUCCAAAAUGUAUACUGCUGUUUAUUUCCUAGGAGAGCAGAGUUUCAUUCCUAAUGGUCAAGGGCAGUUGAAUAUUUUAAUGUCUUUCUCUCUGUCCCUCUCUUCUCUGUUUAGUAAGACAUUUAAGCACACACUGUGUUAGUUCAAGAAGCAGAGAUCUGUAUUUCUCUCCUAGUGGCAAUUGAAUCCUCUCUACCUGCUUUCAUUAUUUGGAUGCAUCUUCAAAGUAAUAGCUCUUUUUCUUUCAUGGUUUUCCUACACUAAACAUGGUCUCUCCUCACUCCUCUCUGCCAUCUCCUAUUUACACUUACAACUACUGUCAGUGUCAUCUGUGCCUGCCAUCUGCUUCCGGAAUGUUAUGAAGCUGUAAUCACAGGACAUUUUGAAAUUUAUUCAUACAAAUCAAAGAUAUUCAGUAGCUGUCAGGGGUGGAUUUAGAGCUUAGAAAGGCAUAGGUCUCCUGGCAGAGGCUUUCAGAAACAGCAGCUGGCAGAGGGAGGCUGGAGGAGGUUUCCCUGCCCAGUUUUCCAUCCCACCUGGCUCCUGACCUCUAGCAUUUUUGCAUUUUCAGGGCUGGCUUCAGCUGAGAUCAGCUAACUCUGCCAGAUUAUUUGCAGUUUAGUGGUGAACAUGAAUCUGGGUGAGAAUGACACCAAAGGAAUUUUUCACUUGUGACCCCAUUUAUGCCUGGUCUGUAGAAGUGUAUAACCACAGCAGUAAUCUCUGUCUUGCUCCUUUUACAAAUAGGCUGUACCUCAGUAUAUAUUUUCUCUUCAUUAUUUGAGGCAGGGGCUACUUUAUUAAGUCCAAGCAGUGCCUAUUAUAGUGGCCUAAUCCCUAUCAAGGGCCUCUAGAUGCUUCUCUAGUAAAUGGUAGUAGUAAUAUCAGAUGGGGAGCUAUCUGUAUUUUUCCACAUGGAUAGCAGCUGCUAAGGAUUGCUCCUGCACUGCUCAGUUUAUCCUCUCAACUUCCAGAAUAACGGAAUAGGUUGCAAUAAACCAUAUUUGCAUUAUAAGAUGGUGUGGACUGCUUCUACUGAUCCAAGAGGAGUUCUACAAAAUGAAACAGCUAAUGUCAAGGACCCACAUACACAAUAUGCACAUUUCAGGAUGGUGGAGUUUUUGCUUUGGACUUUCUCUCUGAUCUCCUGGACUGAUUUGGGGCAGAAGUGCCUUAGGUGCAGUCUUGGUGUGCAACUUCUAAUUUGACUUCAUUCAAGGAAAGACUGAUCCAUGCU